UAGGCAAUAAUUGCUUUCGCAGAUUUUCCCGUGCAUCGGCGAAUUUUCCAUCUUGGACAUUGGUGACCGUCGUGCCGGUGUGUUUGGGUCGCGUAGUGGAUUUACGUGUGCUACUUGAGUAUUUUUAUCCUUCCAAGGUUGCAUUUUUAUAAAAGAUGAGUGAGUCAAGAUUCAUUCGUUUGCGGGGUCUCCCCUGGUCGGUAACAAAUAAGGAGAUUCUGGAUUUCCUGAGCGUGAAUGUCGUCGGAGGUGAAGAAGGCAUUCAUUUGGUAACCAGCCGUUUCGAUGGCAAAUAUACUGGAGAAGCAUUCGUUGAGCUGGAGAGUGAAGCUGAUGAAGAAGAGGCUUUCAAGCGUAACAAGGAGAACUUGGGCCAUCGCUACAUUGAAAUUUUCAGUGCUUCAAACGAAGAGGCUGAAUUUGCGAUGCGUAAACCCGGGCAGAGUAAAGUAGUGAAAUUACGUGGUCUACCGUAUUCUGUCGACGAGGGUAUAAUCGAAGACUUUUUCGAAGGGUUAGCAAUCAAAUCGGACCGGGAGGGAAUCGUAAUUGUUAUGGAUCGGAGGGGGCGUGCAUCUGGGGAAGCGUAUGUUCAAUUUGAAACUCAGGAAGAUACUGAAAACGCAUUAAAACUUCAUCGGGAAAAGAUUGGGCACAGGUACAUUGAAAUUUUCCGAAGUUCAAUCGGUGAAAUGAAGAGAGCUUCGAAUGGCGGCCGAUCCGGUCCUUACGACAGGAAUGGACGGGGAGGUAAUCGUGGAAACAGUAUCGGAGGCGGUGGUGGCGGCGGCAGCGGCGGUAAUUUCGGAGGCCGAGGCAACAACCGCAAUAAUAGAUCGAGAGGAGGAGAUUGGAAUAAUGACUUCGGAAACAAUCGAUCAGGCAAUGGGGGAUUCAACAGUAACAUGGGCGGCGGCGGUGGUGGUGGCUUUAAUAGCGGUUUUAAUGCGGGACCCAAUAACAACGGCGGCUUCGGUGGAGGCGGCGGCGGUGGAAAUGGUCGAUUCAACAAUGGCAAUGGUGGUGGCGGAUUUGGGAAUAAUUUUGGGAGCAAUUUUGGAAACAACCGCAAUAACUUCAAUGACAACGGCAAUGACAACUUCGGUAACAACUUCCCAUCCAACAGAAACAAUAUGGGAGGCGGAGGCGGUGGCGGCGGAAAUUUUGGGAACAAUAUGUUCGGCUCAAAUAAUGGUGGGGGCAUGAGCAAUUUUGGUCCAAUUGGAGGAGGGCGAAAUAACGAUGAUGGGCCUUAUACCGUACAUCUGCGCGGCUUGCCAUACUAUUGUUACGAAAAUGACGUCAGAGAUUUCUUUGCACCAUUGCGUCCAUCAAAUGUGAAAAUCAUUUACAAUAACAAAGGACUCCAUAGCGGCACAGCAGACGCUUAUUUCGACACAGAAGAGGACGCCGAAGAAGCGAUGAAGAAGGAUCGUGAGCAGAUGGGAAGCCGUUAUAUUGAAUUGUUCUUUGAUGGAAAAUCGAAGAAUGGCGGUUUUAGACGUCUCUAAGAACUUAAGACAAAAGACACGAUACUAACAAACAAUGCUUCUUUUAACUUAACUGUUGCUGUACAAUAUAUUCUACAAGCGAAACACCACGUAAUUGCAAAUAGAUGAAAUGAAGAACUAACAAAUAGUCCGCAUAAGUAUUCAUUUAUUUUUUUUUUCAAAAGUUAUGAAGAGUGGAAUUAGGAAAUAAAGUAAGUUUUCCUGGA